AUGGGUGGUGGUGAAUUACACCAAGAACUCAAGAAUCUGUGUGUUAACAGUGACUGGAAGUAUGCCGUUUUCUGGCAGCUCAAGCAUCAAUCUCCAAUGGUGUUGAAUUGGGAAGAUGCUUAUUGCGACGAUAAAGAGAAAAACGAUCGUUUGAUGAGCAACUGGUUCGAUAACAUGGGCCACAAUUCGAACCAAGAUCUUGUUAGAUUAGCGGUUGCAAGGAUGUCUUAUCGCACGUAUUCUAUUGGGGAAGGGGUCGUUGGACGGGUUGCGGGUACAUGUAAACAUCGAUGGAUAUCUGGGCAUCAACUCGUUAAUAGAUCUUGGUCCUCAGAUGAGCAUUUUGAAGGAUGGAAAACACAGUUUGCGGCGGGGAUCAGGACCGUUGUCGUUAUCGCUGUUGUUCCACAUGGAGUUCUGCAACUCGGCUCGUUAAAUACCAUUGCUGAGGAUUUGAAGACGGUGAACCAUAUCAGAGAGAUCUUUCUCGAGCUAAAAAGUUCUUUCGUGGGGUCUGCGGACUGCUCUCCAUGCAUCACGGAUUUGUCCACGAGUUCAGUAUCGGGGAGAUUUCACAAGCCUGUAAACAAUCAAGAUAGAACGAUGGAGAAUAACAGAUCAAAAAAUACGUGGUCAACAGUUGAAACGAUCAACAAUCAUCAAGAAAGAAAAAACCCGUUAUCAGAUUUCAUCCAAUCCGCACCUACCAAUGAUGAAAAUCGGAACUUGUUCAUGCCCACAACAUCAGAUGGCCAAAUCGAAACUAAAGAGUCUUUCAAGUUCCCUGCUGGGUGCGAGUUGUACGAAGCGCUAGGACCAGCGUUCUAUAAGCAGAAGAAUAGUUUCGAUUGGGAGACAAUGACAACCGAGACCAUAACGGUUGACGAGAUUCUUGGAGGAACGAGCAAUAGUGAUCUCUUAACACAAAGAUCUGGCUCUGAACAUCUUUUGGAAGCAGUUGUGGCUAAAGUUUGUUGCAGCGAUAGCGACAAUAAAGGGUCAACGUCAUUUGGUGAAUCAGUCAAGCCCCUCCAACGGCUGCAGCCUCCUAGCGAUUUGCUAACCAGUGGUUCGGUUUGUUACUCAUUUGAGCGUUUCUCAUCGGCAAGUGUUAGUAGAUGUAGUGAUCAGUUAGAUCAGAGGUCCCAAGAACCGGCUAAGGUUGGGAAAAAACGAGCUAGACCUGGUGAAAGUUGUAGACCGAGGCCGAGAGAUAGGCAACUGAUUCAAGAUCGUAUUAAGGAACUCCGACAGCUUGUUCCCAGUGGAUCAAAGUGCAGUAUCGAUUCACUUCUGGAACGAACAAUCAAACACAUGGUUUUCAUGCAAUGUAUCACCAAGCAUGCCGAUAAAAUUGAUAAAUGUACCGAGUUUAAGUUGGUCAGCAAGGAAAGAGGUGUAUACGGUCAGGAUCAGGGUUCGAGCUGGGCAAUGGAAGUAGGGAAUGAGCUAGAAGUAUGUCCAAUAAUCGUAGAAAAUAUGGGGGUCGAUGGGCAAAUGCUGGUGGAGAUGAUGUGCGACGAAGGUGUUCAUUUCCUGGAGAUAAGUGAAGCGAUCAGGACGUUGGGUCUGACCAUUUUGAAAGGAGUAACAGACGCAUAUGGCGAUAAAACCUGGAUGUGUUUCAUCGUCGAGGGGGAGAAUAACAGAAGCAUUCAUAGGAUGGAUAUAUUGUGGCCACUUGUUCAGAUAUUGCAAUCAAAGAUGAAGGCUUGAGUUAGGAGUUUCUGGUUUUGACUCUGAAUGGUUUUUCUGUUAAUGGAAAUGAGUGAUGAUUGAUUGUUAUGUUUGUUGUGAUAUUUGGGGUGUGAAUUUGUAUCAUGAUUUUUGUGUGUUUUAUGAAUAUAAAGUUUUAUAGAUGAUGGUUAAACCACAAACAAAGAA